UCGGCACAGCUCCGGAAGUCAGCAGACUCAGCUGGUCACUGCCCACUGGUUAGUUAUGUCAGGUGGUGGCAGUGGUGAUGCAAGUGCUGUCUUGCGUGGCAUUCUUUUGUUGUGGAAUGAAGCUGCAAAACAAGCAUCAAAACGAGCAGCUCGCAACUGGCACACAUCCUCCAUAAAAGCUGCUGUAACAAAUGCUACUGAUCACUCACCAUGGCAGCAAAACCCUUUGCAAAGUUCUUCACAAAACCAGAAAUCUCCUGAACAACAGGCUGGACCAGUUGCUACAAGUACAGCAUCCAUCUUGAAUCCAAUGGAAGUUGCUGCUCGUCUUGGCACAGUUGCUCAAGGAGUCUCAGCAUUCAUGAGUCAAGCAAGUUCUCAGGCUUCUGCUGGCAGCUUGUCUCAGAUCUCCAAGACCAUCAAACAAACGGCUGCUAAUGCAGCUUCUGUUUCUGCUGCUGCCAGUUCUGCACAAGAAGUAUUUAGCUCUACAGUGAAACAAGGCGUUGAAAAAAUAUCAAGUCGAAUUGCUUCAUUUGAGUCAUCCACUUCUAACUUUUCAGAACCUCUAUCUUCAUCCAAAUCAUCUCCCCAACAACCACCACCUCCAUCUCCAUCAGCCACAAAAUGGGGCCCAGAUGCCACAGAUGUCCCAUUUGGUCGAAAAGCAUCAGAUGGCUACGAUCCUAUAAUGGACCCGACCGUGGCCGAGCUUGACCUGGAAAAGAUACUGGGCUUAAAGAAGAAUUCUUCCUCUAAAUCUACAUCACAAUAUGAAUCAGACGUGUUGGAUAACUUAAACUUUGCGGACAAUAGAAAGCUAAUGGACGAUCUCAAUGUAAGGAGUGAACUUGUCCAAAACGAAAAGAUUGAGCGCUUUGCAGGAGAUGCUUCUCACGCAAUUGACGACGUUCUUAUAAAUAUUGAUGAAACCAUUAGUAACACGAAGAAUAGGUUAGAAAAUUUACAGUCAGAGAUCAAGUAUGCUGAGAUUUCGGAAGAACAGCUGGAUGCAAUUGAAGAAAAACUUCAAAGUAUUCGUGGUGGGGCGUUUACUUCGGAAUUGAAUAUUAUUGAUCAAGUCGGUCGAGAUGCAAGUAGCCGAGUGAAAUCCACACUCCACGAUAUUGCGUCAAGUCAUAAAAUUAGAAAUGAGGCUAAAAUAAAACUCUCUUCUGUCAAGCCCACACCUCCUUCCUCGACAAAUAUGAAGAGUCAAGUGUCGCCGAUUCCAAAGUUGCUCGGCAAGAAGCCACUGGCCAAGGAAAAACCCAUCUCGUUGUUAUCGGACUCUUCGCGUGCGGUUCGCGUGCCAGACUCGCGCUUGAGUCGACUGGUGUCGUUCGGCAGUCUGGCUGCGGGACUUAGUAUGGGCACCCUGGCAGAGAUGACACGCAGGACGCUGGGGGGCGCGCGUGACAAGCAGGGAGGCGGACUGCUCGACUCGUCUCCUUUCCUCACCGAGGCCAACGCCAACAGGAUCGUGGCAACGCUCUGCAAAGUGCGAGGCGCUGCGCUGAAGCUCGGCCAGAUGUUGAGCCUGCAAGACAACGCGUUCAUCAACCCUGACCUGCAGCGCAUCUUCGAGCGCGUCAGGCAGUCUGCUGACUUCAUGCCUGAACGUCAACUGCACAAAAUGAUUAAGGAAGAGCUGGGCGAUAACUGGCGCGAACACUUCGCGGAGUUUGACGAGAAGCCCUUCGCUGCGGCGUCCAUAGGCCAGGUGCACGAAGGAGUGCUGCCCGACGGCAGGCGGGUGGCCGUAAAGAUCCAGUAUCCUGGCGUGGCUGAGGGCAUAGAGAGCGACAUCAACAACCUCAUGACGACCCUCAGCGUCGCCAACAUCUUGCCUGAGACUCUGUUCGUUGACAACGUGAUCGAUGUGGCGAAGAGAGAGCUGGCGUGGGAAUGCGACUACCAACGCGAGCGCGAGUGUGGCGAGCGAUUCGCUGCCCUCGUCGCGCCGUACCCGCAGUACUACGUGCCUGCUACUGUGCCCCACCUCUGCACACAUCGGGUAACAUGGGGACUGUGCUCAGGGGUAACCUAA